AUGGAACAUACAUAUCAAUAUGCCUGGGUAAUCCCUCUUCUCCCACUUCCAGUUAUUAUGUCAAUGGGAUUUGGACUUUUUCUUAUUCCGACAGCAACAAAAAAUCUUCGUCGCAUAUGGGCUUUUCCUAGUAUUUUACUCUUAAGUAUAGCUCUGGUAUUCUCAGUUCACCUGUCUAUUCAACAAAUAAAUGGAAGUUCUAUCUAUCAAUAUCUAUGGUCUUGGACCAUCAAUAACGAUUUUUCUUUAGAAUUUGGAUACUUGAUCGACCCCCUUACGUCUAUUAUGUUAAUACUAAUUACUACUGUAGGAAUCUUGGUUCUUAUUUAUAGUGACGAUUAUAUGUCUCACGAUGAAGGAUAUUUGAGAUUUUUUGUUUAUAUAAGUUUUUUUAAUACUGCCAUGUUGGGGUUGGUUACUAGUUCCAAUUUGAUACAAAUUUAUUUUUUUUGGGAACUUGUCGGAAUGUGUUCCUAUUUAUUGAUAGGCUUUUGGUUUACACGGCCAAUUGCAGCGAGUGCUUGCCAAAAAGCUUUUGUAACUAAUCGUGUAGGGGAUUUUGGUCUGUUAUUAGGAAUUUUAGGUUUUUUUUGGAUAACGGGUAGUUUAGAGUUUCGGGAUUUGUUCAAAAUAGCUAAUAACUGGAUUCCUAAUAAUGGGAUUAAUUCCUUACUUACUACUUUGUGUGCUUUUUUAUUAUUCCUUGGUGCAGUUGCAAAAUCCGCACAAUUCCCUCUUCACGUAUGGUUACCCGAUGCUAUGGAAGGACCCACUCCCAUUUCGGCUCUUAUACACGCAGCAACUAUGGUUGCUGCGGGGAUUUUUCUUGUAGCUCGACUUUUUCCUCUUUUCAUAUCCCUACCCUUGAUAAUGAAUUUUAUUUCUUUAGUAGGUACAGUAACACUCUUCUUAGGAGCCACUUUAGCUCUUGCUCAGAGAGAUAUUAAAAGAAGCUUAGCCUAUUCUACAAUGUCUCAAUUGGGUUAUAUGAUGUUAGCUCUCGGUAUAGGUUCUUAUGAAGCUGCUUUAUUCCAUUUGAUCACUCAUGCUUAUUCGAAAGCUUUAUUGUUCUUAGGAUCUGGAUCCGUUAUUCAUUCAAUGGAACCUCUUGUUGGAUAUUCACCAGAUAAAAGUCAGAAUAUGGUUCUUAUGGGUGGUUUAAGAAAAUACGUUCCAAUUACAAGAACUACUUUUUUAUGUGGUACACUUUCUCUUUGUGGUAUUCCACCUCUUGCUUGCUUCUGGUCCAAAGAUGAAAUCCUUAGUAAUAGCUGGUUGUAUUCACCUUUUUUUGGAAUAAUAGCCUCUUUUACUGCAGGAUUAACUGCAUUUUAUAUGUUUCGGAUAUAUUUACUUACUUUUGAUGGGUAUUUGCGUGUUCAUUUUCAAAAUUACAGCAGUACUAAAGAAGGUUCGUUGUAUUCAAUAUCCUUAUGGGGAAAAAGCAUAUCCAAAGGAGUCAAUAGAGAUUUUGUUUUAUCAACAAUGAAGGGUGGAGUUUCUUUUUUUUCACAAAAUAUACCCCAAAUUCCUGGUAAUACAAGAAAUAAGAUAGGAUCCUUUAGUACUCCCUUUGGGGCUAAAAACACUUUUGUCUAUCCUCAUGAAACGGGAAAUACUAUGCUAUUUCCUCUUCUUAUAUUACUGCUUUUUACUUUGUUCAUUGGAUCUAUAGGAAUCCAUUUUGAUAAUGGAAUAAAAAAAAUAUCGGAGUUAACCAUAUUAUCAAAGUGGCUAACUCCUUCAAUAAACUUGUUCCAGGAAAGUUCUAAUUCUUCCAUAAAUUCAUAUGAAUUUCUCAUUAAUGCAAUUUCUUCUGUAAGUUUAGCAAUUCUUGGUCUAUUCAUAGCAUAUAUCUUCUAUGGAUCUACUUAUUCUUUUUUUCAGAAUUUGAAUUUUCUAAAUUCCCUUGUAAAAAGCUUUUUGGAUCAAGUAAAAGAAAAGAUAUACAGCUGGUCAUAUAAUCGUGGUUAUAUAGAUGUUUUCUAUACUAGGGUCUUUAUCAGUGUUAUUGAUGGAAUUAUCAAUGGAGUAGGUCUUGCUGGUUUUUGUAUAGGAGAAGAAAUUAAAUAUGUAGGAGGGGGGCGAAUAUCGUCUUAUCUAUUCUUUUUUUUAUGUUAUGUAUCCUUGUUCUUAUUCUUUUUUCCAUGA